CUCUCGUCUCUGCCUUAGAAUCUAGUCCUCCCAUUCUAACGUCAAAAGGGUUUCUCACUUUUUGUCGCAACAAUACAUAGCGUAGCAGAAAUACAGUAGUUGAGAGUAGUUUUUUGUUUUCUUGUAUUAACAUAAGAGCAAAGUUACUCAGUGAGAUCCCUAUUUCAUCGUCAUUUUCCUCUAGCAAGAGGAGCGGAAAAGAUGGGCAACGGUGAUGAUUUUACCAUUAAAGCGAAGAAAGAAAUUCCAGUUCCGCCACCACUGUGUGGUCGAUUAACUACCAGCUAUCAGUUGAAUCGGAUGGCUCGUGAUGUUCCCUGUGCUCCUUCUGCUAUGUCGGAUAUGUGGGAUCACCUAUUCGAUGAAGCUUACAGAGCAGAUGUCUUGAUCAAUACAGACAAUGGCAUUAUUAUCUAUGCACAUGCUAGUAUUCUGGGCGUAGCUUCCCCAGUAUUAAAGAAUAUGUUAAAGCUAUCAAAAGGCCGUGGCCAUCAAAGAUCAAUCUCGAUUCAUGGGGUCCCGCAUGAUGCAGUUCGAGUCUUCAUUAGAUUCCUAUACUCAUCUUGUUACGAAAGAAAUGAACUGGAGGAACAUGUGUUGCAUUUGUUGGUACUGUCUCAUGCCUUUGUUAUUCCUCGGUUGAAAAGAGUGUGUGAAAGGAGACUAGAAAAUGGAUUUCUCACCACAGAGAAUGUAGUGGAUAUCUUUCAGUUAGCACUACUGUGUGAUGUCCCCAGGCUUAGCCUCAUUUGUCAUCGGUUUAUCCUAAAGAGCUUUAAGGCAGUUUCUGCCACUGAAGGAUGGCAAGCAAUGAAGGAAAGUCAUCCAAUGCUAGAGAGGGAAAUUACAAUGUCCAUGAUUUAUGAAGACAGAAUUCGGAAGGAGAGGACAAAAUGGUUGCAAGAUAGGAAGACUUAUUUAGAACUAUACGAGGCAAUGGAAGCUCUUGUUCAUAUAUGUAAAGAUGGUUGUCGAACAAUUGGUCCAUAUGAUAAGGCCUUUAAUAAGGAUCAUGCACCCUGUAAAUAUGAAGCUUGUAAAGGUUUAGAAUUGCUUUUCCGUCACUUUUCUAAAUGCAACUUGAGAGCGCCUGGUGGCUGCAUUCAUUGCAAAAGAAUGUGGCAGCUCUUGGAAUUGCACUCUCAUCUUUGUGCUGAUUCUGAUAUGUGCAAGGUUCCUCUUUGCAGAACAUUGAAGUACAGAACAACGAAUGUAAGCAAAAAGGAAGAUAUGAAGUGGAGGAUAUUGGUGAGAAAGAUCUCGAGAACGAAAAGCAUCUCAGGAGCUCCAUUCUUUUCAUUUGCAACAACACAUGGGAGAUGACAGCAAGAUGCAUCCUUUAUUGAUACCUUACAUUUUUUGUAUGCUUAGUUUUUUGGUCACAGAGGCAAGGAAAUCAUAGUUUAACUUUUAUGUAAAGCUUAUGUGCUGAAAGCAGAAAAGAAUAUUAUUAUGCAGAACAUAUCAAUUGAUGCUUGCA